UCACCAGCUGUUUCGAUACACUUUCGAGUCAUUGUUUCAAGCUGUUGCCCAUUCACUACUUUGUAGUUUGGAUGACAGCUCUGCGAGUGAGCGCUUCGUGGAAAUUUGUUCAUUUUUAGCUUCAGUCCGAAACUCUAGGAGACCUUUCUGUUAAACGGGCCACCCUGCUGAACGGCUGAAAUCCUCCUGGCGAGUCUAAUUUGGAGGCCGAGGCAGCAGCGGGUUAGCCGGGCAGAAGAAGCCGCGUUGGAGGGCUCCACUGCUGGGGGAGCCUGACACUGAUGCUCGGUUAGCGCAACAUUUUGAGAGGCAGGUUUAAAAACAUAUAUCGGAGACCAUGUCACACACAGGACCACCUCCUCGAUGGCUACACUGCCCUAGAAGAGGACAACCUGUGGCUGGUAAAUUCCUACCAAUGAAAACCAUGUUGGGUCCCAGAUAUGAUGACUUGGUUCCAGAGGAAAACAGAUUCCACCCGAGUAUGCUGUCCAACUAUCUUAAAAGUCUGAAGGUCAAGAUGGGCUUGCUUGUUGACCUAACAAACACAACCCGCUUUUAUGACCGAACAGAGAUCGAGAAAGAAGGGGUAAAAUACGUAAAGCUUCAGUGCAAAGGCCAUGGGGAAUGUCCCACUGCAGAGACGACAGAGAUGUUCAUCAGAUUAUGUGAGCACUUCAUGCAGAAGAAUCCCACUGAGCUCAUAGGUGUCCACUGUACCCAUGGCUUCAAUCGGACCGGCUUUUUGAUCUGCGCCUACCUAGUGGAGAAAAUGGACUGGAGCAUUGAGGCGGCCGUAGCCGCGUUUGCCCAGGCGCGCUCACCUGGCAUCUACAAAGGAGACUACCUGAAAGAGCUCUUUCGGCGCUAUGGUGACGUAGACGACACGCCCGCUGCCCCCAAGCUCCCCGACUGGUGUUUUGAGGACGACAACGACGGUGAUGUCGAUGAUGACGGGAACGUGAUUAGUCAAGAGUCUGGACCGAGCUCAUCUGGCUCCAAUCCAGGCAAGAAGAAGAAAGAGAAACUGAAAUUGGGGGCCGUGUUCCUGGAGGGUGUAUCGGUUAAAGGAGUGAAUCAGGUGACCACACAACCCAAACUGGGGCAGGUACAGCGGAAGUGCCAGGAGUUCUGCGAAUGGGAAAAGUCUGGGUUCCCCGGCGCUCAGCCCGUGUCGAUGGACAGGCGAAAUAUUCGUCUGUUGGAGCAGAACGGCUACAAGGUUAGCUGGAAGGCAGAUGGAACACGGUAUAUGAUGCUGAUUGAUGGCAAGAACGAGGUGUUCAUGAUCGACAGAGACAACUCAGUCUUCCACAUAGCCAACCUCGAGUUCCCCUUCCGGAAAGAUAUGAACACCCACCUCUCCAACACACUGCUGGACGGGGAGAUGAUAAUCGACAAAGUGAACGGACAGCCGAUCCCGCGCUAUCUCAUCUACGACAUCAUUAAAAUUAACGGCCAGCCGGUUGGUCAGUGUGACUUCAGCAGACGGCUCCUGUGUAUAGAGAAGGAAAUAAUCUUCCCUCGUUCGGAGAAAAUAAAGAUGGGACAGAUCGACAAAACUAAGGAGCCUUUCAGCGUCAGGAACAAGCCAUUCUUCGACCUUAACGCAGCGCGGAAGCUCCUGGAGGGCAGUUUCACCUCCCAGGUCAGUCACGAAGUGGAUGGACUUAUCUUCCAGCCCAUCGGAAAGUAUAAGCCGGGCCGAUGCGAUGACAUUCUGAAGUGGAAGCCUCCCAGCCUCAAUUCCGUGGACUUCCGACUGAAGAUCUCUAAGGUUGGAGGGGAAGGGUUGAUCCCUCAGACGGUAGGCCUGCUGUACGUCGGUAACUAUGACAUGCCCUUUGCACAGCUGAAGGUGUCAAAGGAGUUGAAGCAGUACGAUAAUAAGAUCAUCGAGUGCACAUUCAAAAAUAACUCCUGGGUUUUCAUGAGGCAGAGAAUAGACAAGAGCUUCCCCAACUCCUAUGAUACAGCGAUGGCUGUGUGCAACAGUAUCCAGUAUCCGGUCACUAAGGAAAACCUCCUGGAGUUCCUGGACCGCUGCGCCCAGAGCCAGUCCCGGAAACACCAUUCGGACCUGGAUGCCCAGCUCAUGCCCCCUCCCCCUCCAAAGAGACCCAACCACGGCUUACCAUAGCGUGGGACAGGUUUGAGUUGCGCUAGUGUAGCAAGAUUUGUGUUUUGGAUUUUUUUUUAUUAUUAUUAUUUGUAUCUCCAAACCAUCAUCGAUCAUCACCGGAAAACCAGCCGAUGGCAUUUGUGAGACAUUUGCGCCGUAACAUUUCGCAGCUUCGUCACUUUCCGAACUCUCAAAAAAAAAACAUCUACCAGGCAGCAGACGCUGCACUGCUUUGAAAUCUCUUUAAAAUGAUGUGGAGAUCCUUGUCUGAGCUUUCAGAGCUGUGACAAGGUCUUGUUUAAAUAAUAAAUAAAUAAAUGUGUUACACUGA